AUGAGUCUUGGCUCUUCUCCAUCACCGGCCACGGCUCUUAGGCUGGAUUCGAAGAGAGCUUCGCAGGCGCCUCAGAAGGUAGAUGAACGUCGUCGCAUACGGUCGUUGGAUGCCACAGCUUUACUUUCGGACCCAUCUGCUUCAAAGAGGUCGUCUAACCAAGAUUUCGACUCUGGUGCUUUCUCAGAUGAAUACGAUUUAUAUCCUCGUAUUUUGCAAGAUGUACAGCGAGCUCUUCAGUAUCAGUCUCGACGCCGUGAUCGUCGAUCCAUCGUUCACACACAACCCACAGUUCAAGAAGUCCCGUCCCAUUCUGACGCGACUUCGUCUUCUUCUGUACCUAUAGCAUCUACUUCUACAGCGUUAUCAUUGUCACUCCCUUCUCCUACCUUUCCUUCUGUAGCCGUCAAAGUUCCAUCGGAAAUUGACUUCAGUCCAUCUACCAGGACUGUCCCUCUUCACCCCAUCCCACUUUCUUCGAAUGGAGGAGCUACUCUCGAUUGGACGGGGUGUCUAUCCGAUGAAGAGAAACAUGAAAAACGUUGGAGCCUGUCCGUGAGCAAACGGAAAGGGAAGGAGAAAGUUUCCCCUUCGAGUAAAGCUAUAGUGGAGAAGCAAGAGGCUCUAUUUGCAGGCAUGAUCAAGGCAGAGGCGCAAUCUAAUACUUUUCGUAAAGCAGCGAUCAUUAAGGAGCAAUUAGGUCGGCGUUACAACUUGUUAUAUACUUCUCUUUCAACCCCCGAGCCGCUCAAUCUGGCCAAGGUUGCGCGAUGGUAUGCUAGCUCCGAUCCACUUUUGCAACGCUCUUUCGACGAUACUGAACCACUUACAUGGCUCAAACAUUUAUUGGAUAAGCGUGGGACACGUUCUCUAUGGCACAUGUCUGCAUUAAUCGUUGAGGAAUUCACGAAAUCGAAAGGGGAUCCCAAUCUUUUGCGUGCCCCCCCGGAGGGCUCAACGCUGGCCACUACGGGAUCAUCUUCUAUUGAGGCGACACCUCCUCAACCCGGGCCCUCGCUAUCCAGAAAACGCUCAUCUGAAGGUCACGUAUCUUUUGAGCCUUUGAUCGAGUCGGCACGAAAUUCUGUAGAAAGCCACGACAAGCGCAAGAAUGGUGAAGGCUUGUCUAGGUCGUGGCGACACUCUCUGCCUGCUGGUGGACUUUCUCCUGCAAGUAGUCGCCUACAUUUCCCUGAUUUCGUUCAGCGUAUGCGUCGGCGACCUGACAGUGAUGAAGGGUCCUCAUCUCCGCCAAAUUCACAAUCAGAAGACCAAGUCCAUUCUGAAGGCGGUAAGGUACCGAAACGUAAGAAAGCUCGACGAAGUCAUGUAUCUUUCUCUUAUGCUGCCAAUAUGCGAUCUCCUGCAAUAUCUGGGAUGGAAGUUGGGCGUGCUGGCCAGCCUUCUGAUCAAGGGGAUAGUUUGCGGUCUGUGCCAGACCCGUUCGCAUCAAUGUCUCCACCUCCGGAGAUUGUGUCUGAUUUGGAGCUUGCUUUGCCUGCCAAGGCGGACCCGAGCUCUCUUGAGGAGCCUGCUGUUGUAACUCCCCGCCCAUUUCCCCGUCGGAGAGUAGUCCGUCGCACAUCCCUGCCUCCUUCAGAAAGCUCGUCUUUUCGAAAGGAACAGAAACAUCGGGAAGAGGCAGACGAGGCGAAACUACAAGCCGACUACCACAUAAAGUCUCAGAUGCUAGAAGAUGCCAUAGCGCAGAACUAUAGGCUGCGCCAGAGAUUGCAACGGGUGGCCGCCGACGUAAGAGACUAUGAGACGCUGCGGUCUAAUUUCAUGAGGACGGUCGGUAUGCCCCAUCGAAGUAUACCCCCCGAGCUGUUGGAUGCCUUCAGCCACGAUCCUUCAUCUGUGACCAGUGGGACACGUAAGACAAAGAGUUGGCGAGCGGUAGAGGACAUUCACAAUCGUAUCGUCCGACAACAGGAAACUUUCCGUAUAUUUCUUUCGAUUGUGAAGGAAGAUGGAAUACCUGCACCGGAGAGCAUUCUGGACGACCACAUUAACACGCUCAUGGAUAAGUUACAGAGGCUCGAAAGACAUCACAAGUCCAUGACGGCAAAAGCUGCCGAGGUUAAAGAUGCCCUAACCAAGGUGAAGGGUACACAUGCAGCUGUGAAAAUACAGUACAACGACACUCUAAGUCAUACGUCUGCAGUUUACCCUGAGCUAUCGCAAAUCGUGGCUCUCGAAGAAAGCUAUAAAGACCAGUACCAACAAUUCUGGGAAUUAGGCAUGGAUGCUUUGACUUUCAUUUUGGAUACCGUAACACCAUUCUGGAGGACCUAUGGGAAAACCAUUGGCGACGAUGUGCAGGAUUUCCUCAUCAUCCCCUGGUACCGCAACGAGUUCACCGGGGAGCCGAAACGGUAUCCCAUACGAUCCCUUCCACGACGAUCAUUUCAACACUGGAUGGGUUUACUGCUUUUCUUUUUUAUUACAGCUGCUGUCAUUUUACUCCAGGCACACGCAGCUAUGUCAUCGAUUUAUAACUACAAGUUACCGUGGAUAGGAAACGACGGCUUUCGGUGGAUCCUCAUGCCAUUCUUUUGGAUCGGCAUCCUUAUACAAUGGGGUGCCGUGUUAUUUGAGUUGUGCAUCUUCUUUGCACAGAUGGGAGUAAUUGCAUGGUGGAUUGGUUGGGCAGCAAAAAUCUUCACAUAGUUAUUUUAUUCAAUUUCAUGACUAUUUACGACGCUUGAUAUCUUAACAAUUUAUUAUAACAGUAAUACACCUGCUUGAUUAUAUAUGUAGAAUACACUUCUUAGCAAUAACAUCUAACUUUCGAUUGUGUUUAUAGAAGCUUUAUCUUUGUCAGUAGUAGGCUUGUCUAGAGACUGUAGAGAUGGGUUCUCGACAGGUGUUGAAGAGGACGCUGGUUGUAUGAUAGCAGGUUUUUCAGGAGGUGCUGUUUCGUUUGUGUUGGCUGUAGUGCACUGAACUUGCGGCUUGACUUCCAUAUGGCUAGGAAGUUGGUACGUGAACGUGGUUCCAACCGCAGGGGCCAGGCUGGUCCCUUUACCAGCUUCCA